AUGUCGAGUCUUAAGUCUUCAAUUACAGUAGGAAUAUUUUAGUCUUUAAGUUUUUGCGGUUUAAGAUAAAAAAUUUUAAAAAAUAUUGCCUUUUAACCACCAAAAGUUAGUUAUUCAUUGAAACCGAGAUUAGAUGAUUAAAUGACAAAGAGUACUUUAACAAAUCCUUCAUCACUAUAAGUUAUUGAUUCAGAAAAUGAUAUAAGAUAGAAAUCUAAAUCUUAUGAUGAUGAAAACAUUCAUUAAUUAGGUCUUUUAGAUUUGGCAGAGGAAAUCAUGUAAUUUACAAGUGAAAGUUUAAGUCCUAUGAAGGAAAAGUAAGAAUAAUUAUAAAAGAAUAGAAUAUCUGAACCAGCUUAUGACUUUUAUUUAAUUGAUGAACAUGGUUUAGAAAUUCCAAUUCCAAAAUAAGAUAAUUUAGAAUUGACUGGGUAUUUCUUAAAAGGAAGAAAAGGGCAUCGAAUUGCAUCUCUAUAUAUAAAGUGUUUAUUUCCAAUGAGUGAUUAUGUGAUGUUGUUCAGUCAUGGAAAUGCCAGUGAUUUAGGUUACAUGAUUGAUACAUUAAUUGGUAAUAAUUAUAAUUGAUAUUAUUUAAGAUCUAUGCAAUAAUUUAAGAAUAAAUAUAUUUGCUUAUGAAUAUUCAGGUUAUGGACUAUCUUAAGGCAAAUGUACAGAUCUUAAUAUCAUUAAUAAUAUCUAAGUAGCUUAUGAUUUCUUGGUUUCAUAAAUGAAAUUUGAUCCAACUAAAAUAAUUGUUUAUGGUUAUAGUAUUGGAUCAGGACCAAGUGUUAUGUUAGUAUCUGAUAUUGAAUUUCCAGUUGGUGGUUUAGUAGUUCAUUCAGGACUUAGUUCAGGAUUAAGAGUAGUUAAUAAUAAAUUAAAAUCAACUCCUUUUUAUGAUAUUUUUCCAAAUGUAGAUAGAAUAAAAGAUGUAACAUGUCCUGUAUUUAUAAUGCAUGGUAAAGAAGAUGAAAUAAUUGAUUUACAUCAUGCAAAAUUAUUGUCUAAUAAUUGUUAAAGAUUGUAUGAAUAUUGGGAAGUUGAAAAUAUAGGACAUUAAGGAAUUGAUACAAAUGAUGAACAUCGCAAGAAUUAUUUUUAUAAAUUAAGGGAUUUUAUAAAAUGUAUAUUUAUUAUUUAUACAAUUUAGUAAUUCAAAAGGAAAAUUAAACAAUAAAAGAAUUAAAAUAAAGAAACACAGCUAGUCCUAAAUCAUUUGCAUAGUAUAACCAUUACUAUGAUAAUAAAAUACGAGAAUUCCAUUUAAAUUGCAAGAAGGUUGAAGAUUCAGAUUCUCCUCCUAAAAAAAUUCGUUGA